GAACAGAAAUAUUGGGAUUUGUCUGAUGAUAGCAUCAUCAAUAUCUUCAGUUGUUUCCGUCAGUGUUAAUCCAGGAUCCGGAAUAAGGCCGUCAAAUAUAUUAGGAGGUGCUGGACAACAUGCAAGUUUCGAUUUCAUCCGGCCUGGAUUAACCCAGACGUCCUAUUCAUUCAAUGGCCCCAGCUCGCAUCAAUCAUUCAGCUCAAGCAUUGGGAACCCAUUAUUAGCCCAAAAAGUCCUCCCUAAUGUCGCUCAAGCUCUGGCCUACAGAAAUCCUGGACUCGAUUAUCAACCCCAAAUUCGGCCAGAACUGUUCCAAUAUUCUCAAUUUCCAUCGAGAGCUUCUCCCGAUGCUGGUGCAGUUUAUCAACACAGUUUGUUAAACCAACAAUACCAACAGCAACAACAAAUAAAUAAUAACUAUUACCAAAAUCAAUUAGCGCAAAUAUUGGCGUUGCGUCAAGCCCAAUUAACUUCUAUUGAAAAUGCACCUGAGCCAGUUCAACAAGCACCUGUGGAGCACCAGAAUUUAUUAGGCGUCGCAUAUUCUCCAUCAAAUGCCGUAUCGCAUGUGAAAAUCAGUGCGAAUGGCUAUAAAUACGAUUUCUAA